AGAUCAUUUUAUUCAAUCUAUUCAAUCCAUUCAAUCCACAUGAGCUUCUCAGCCGUAUUAAACUCAAGUGUUGAACAGUUGUCUAAGAUGGACUCUAAGAUGGGGAAAGCCUUAUGUCAGGCAUGGGCAGCUCCACUGCUACUUGAGGGGUUUCAAGCGACUGCUAAAAGGUACAAUCUCUCAAAGAAAGAAACACCGGGGUUGUUAUCCGCGAUAAUUAAGCAACGUGUCAAUGGCACCUGUAUUCGUGAGGCACAACCACUUCGAGAGAGAAAUGUUGGAGUUGUACUCCGUGAAGAGCGGGACAUGAACGUCAUUCAUAUUGGUGAGGGUGGAAACCUUGGCUCGAGAAAAACGGAGAGCAAGCUCUAGAGCCGAGGAUGACCCAUACAGGCAAGGGAAAAAACAAUGAACGGGUAUGAAUUUUCUUAUUCUUUUUCCUUGACCAAUGUGCCUUCAGAAAAAUUAGCUUUAAGUGUACCACAUCAUCCACAAGCCCUUGCUUCUCUAUUGUAAAAGGUUCUGUAAUAUGAAACAUG